GUCUCGCGUACUCGCGUCAGUGCGUGUCCGUCUGUCGUGCGUGUACACACGUCGCCGGUUGCCCGCGUUCCGUUCGCGUGUCGUUCAGUUGACGCGAGUCGCGCGCUACCGCAUCGUUCCGGUUCGCUUCGUUCGGGAGCGAAAGAAAAUUGCGACGACGGCGACGGUUUUCGUCCGUCUUUUAAUCGAUAUCGUUUUGAUCCGGUCGUAUUCCGGUACGGACCGACCGCACGAGACGGCGCCGAUAUUUCCGUACGGGGCCGAGAAUGCGCGGCUGACCCGCCGCCGCCGUAGCCGCAGCCAAAUGGCCGACGGAUGGCCGGCCGUGGCCGUCGUCCUGUUCGCCUGCGCCGCGGCGCCGCUGCUGCUGUCGGCUCCGGCCGAAGGCGGCAGCGGCGUCACCGCGGCCGCGGCGGACGACGACGGACCGCGCCCGCAGCCGUCCGCGUCGUCGUGGUGUCUCAAGAAGGAAUGCAAGUGCGCGGACGUCGCGUCCGCCGACCGGCCGUCCGACGACAAUGACGACGCGCAGCGACCGGUCUCCGUCCGGUGCACGUACACCGGCGAAAAGGUCGGUACACCCUGUCGUUAUACCAUGUCGCCGAACAUUGUUGUUGAAACGUGUUCUCUGUUUUUUUUUUUUCCCCCACUCUCGUAUAAAACGCGGUCUCACGUUUUUGAUUACGUUGUUCCGUUGCGGCGCGCUAGGACCGCCGCGCAACAAGUGCGAACACGUCCUACCGUAACCGACGGGCCGUCGCCGUGACCGGCGAGCGGUCGCGUCGUGAUGGCUGCGAAACGUUUCCCCCCCAAUUAUCGCCACCCCACCACCCCGGGGGUUGUCUCGAUUCGGGGCGACAUCGCGCGCGCGUUAAUUCGAACAUCGGUUGUUUGUGUGGAUCGUUGUUAUAGAAAAAAAAAAAAAAAAAACGGUUUUCGAACGAAUUAUUGCGAACAAGGCGCACGGCGUUUUUGAUUUUCGCCCCCCCCCCUCCCCCCCCGGGCGACGAAUCGCGAUUUCUGCGCGCGGUCGGAACGGGAACGACGGGUUCAUUACAGCGAAACGGCCUCGACGGACGCUAUUCGACGCCGCCGCGCACCGAUCGAGUCCCGAUACCCGAACGGGGAAAAAACGAUAUGCUGACAACCGAGUCCCCGGGUGUAAACGAGACGUGUACAAACCGAGUCCGCGCGGUCGGGAAACCAAAAACACACCGAUCGAGUCCGGGGGUCGUUUUGGGUGAACCAUAAAACCGACCACAAUAUUCGAACACGGAGACGGCCACUACGCGAUAUCGUUCGUAUUAUCAUUUCCGGGCCAUCUUCGUCAGGCGAUACUUGUAAUCUCGAUUCGUCCGCGGCAAAUAUUUGAACACGAUUCGAAUGUACACAGUGUUUAUCGCAUACGUUUUUGCCAAUGUGA